GGAAGCCGAAGGCUGCUGCCCGGUGGUCUGCUGAGCGGCUCUAGCCCAGAUCGCAGACGGCUGAGUCACUGCAGCCCGGCGCGGCCCGGAGGAGACGAGUGCCGCCGCCGCCGCCGCCUCCCGGGCUCCCGGGCUCCCGGGCUCCCGGGCUGUCGGGGUCCGGGGCCUUUGCACCUGUCUUUUCCAGCUGGGCACAAAGCCUUUUGCUGUCGCCGUGGCGACUGGAGGCCUAGCGAAGACCUCCUUCACUUUUAAUCCCCCUCAUUUUCUAGUUCAUUCUCUGCUUAUUUUCUGGUCAGUCCGUGACCCUGUAGGCGGGCUCGGACCGGCGAUCGAUUUUCCGCCCUCAGGGCGCUGGGCGGCCGGCUGCCUCCGAGGCUGGGGCGGCCUCUGCGGUCUCCAUGGUAACGGCCUCGCCGGCGUCUCCGCCUAGAGGGGAAUAUGCGGCCUGCCUGGCCCGCCGCCUCGCCCCCGGCCUCACGGUGGGACCCCGGGCACUGAGGACGAAGGUCCCGGGUGCCGGCCCGCGGGGCAACGGGCACUAGGUGAGAGCCGGACGCCGGCGAGCGAAGGAGGCGGGUGCCGGGCGACUCCAGCGGCCGCCCCUGCCCCUCCCCCGCACCCACGAACACGCUCUCCCGAAAUACUGCAGAGGCUUCUCCGGUCGCCGCUGCGCCAGUUUUUUUUUGUUUGUUUGUUGUGUUUUCCCUGGCAAACAGCUGGAGAAAGAGCAGCUCAUGGAGAGGCUGAGAGAAGCGGUUUUCGCGUCCUACCCAAACUGGGAGAGUAACCUUCAGCAGCUGGACUCACCGAUUGGUUUUCCUUCAUUUUCAGUGAAAUCCCAUUCUCUGGCUGGAGACACAGAUGGCCUCAAAUGAGAGAGAUGCUAUAUCGUGGUACCAAAAGAAGAUUGGAGCCUACGAUCAGCAGAUAUGGGAAAAGUCAAUAGAACAGACUCAGAUUAAGAAGACCGGAUUGAAGCUUGCUCUCUGGAGAGGCUGAGCCAGAGAAGUUCUGGAUUCUGGAAGACCAGAAACAAAUCAGAGUCUGGGUUUGAAAAACAAACCGAAAAAGAUGGGCCACAUAAAGCCAGACUUGAUUGACGUUGACUUAAUCAGAGGGUCAACAUUUGCCAAAGCAAAACCUGAAAUUCCAUGGACAUCUCUGACUCGGAAGGGGCUUGUUCGAGUUGUAUUUUUUCCAUUGUUCAGCAAUUGGUGGAUUCAGGUUACCUCUUUAAGAAUCUUUGUUUGGCUGUUACUACUUUAUUUCAUGCAAGUUAUAGCAAUUGUCUUAUAUUUGAUGAUGCCUAUUGUGAACAUAAGUGAAGUACUUGGACCCUUGUGCCUUAUGCUACUCAUGGGAACUGUCCACUGUCAAAUUGUGUCUACUCAGAUAACAAGACCAUCAGGAAACAAUGGAAAUCGAAGAAGAAGAAAAUUACGAAAAACUGUAAAUGGUGAUGGGAGCCGAGAAAAUGGAAAUAACUCCUCUGAUAAAGUCAGAGGAAUAGAAACUGUGGAAUCUGUACCCAUUAUUGGUGGUUUUUGGGAGACUAUCUUUGGCAACAGGAUUAAAAGAGUAAAAUUAAUAUCUAACAAAGGGACUGAAACUGACAAUGACCCAAGUUGUGUCCAUCCUAUCAUUAAGAAGAGACAAUGUCGACCAGAGAUUAGAAUGUGGCAAACAAGAGAGAAAGCAAAAUUUUCAGAUGGAGAAAAGUGCCGUAGGGAGGCUUUUAGGCGUUUGGGUAAUGGGGUGUCUGAUGACCUGUCAAGUGAAGAAGAUGGUGAAGCACAGACACAGAUGAUAUUAUUGCGUAGGAGUGUGGAAGGGGCCUCAAGUGACAAUGGUUGUGAAGUUAAGAAUAGAAAAUCAAUACUUUCAAGGCACCUAAACUCUCAGGUAAAGAAAACCUCUACAAGGUGGUGUCAUAUUGUGCGGGAUUCAGAUAGUCUGGCUGAAUCAGAAUUUGAAUCAGCAGCCUUCAGCCAGGGCUCUAGAUUGGGUGAGAGUGGUGGCUCUCGAAGCCUCAACAUGUCAAGAAGAGACUCAGAAAGCACCCGCCAUGACUCGGAGACUGAGGAUAUGUUAUGGGACGACCUGCUACAUGGCCCAGAGUGCCGGUCAUCUGUCACCAGUGACAGUGAGGGGGCCCAUGUGAAUACCCUUCACUCAGGGACCAAACGUGACCCCAAAGAGGAUGUUUUUCAGCAGAAUCAUUUAUUCUGGCUUCAGAAUUCAAGUCCUUCCUCUGAUCGUGUUAGUGCAAUAAUCUGGGAGGGGAAUGAGUGCAAAAAGAUGGAUAUGUCUGUGUUGGAAAUAAGUGGCAUCAUCAUGAGCAGGGUCAAUGCCUAUCAGCAAGGAGCAGGUUAUCAGAUGCUAGGAAAUGUUGUCACUAUUGGAUUAGCAUUUUUUCCAUUCUUACAUCGACUUUUCCGUGAGAAGAGCCUUGACCAACUAAAGUCCAUUUCAGCUGAGGAGAUCUUGACUCUCUUUUGUGGGGCACCACCUGUUACACCUAUUAUUGUUUUGUCCAUAAUUAAUUUUUUUGAAAGAUUGUGUCUUACUUGGAUGUUUUUUUUCAUGAUGUGUGUGGCAGAGAGAACAUAUAAACAGAGAUUUUUAUUUGCAAAACUCUUCAGCCAUAUUACUUCUGCCAGGAAAGCUAGGAAAUAUGAAAUACCUCAUUUCAGACUUAAGAAGGUGGAGAAUAUUAAAAUAUGGUUAUCACUGCGUUCCUAUCUAAAGAGACGGGGGCCACAGCGUUCAGUUGAUGUGGUUGUAUCCUCGGUCUUCCUACUGACACUUUCGAUUGCUUUCAUUUGUUGUGCUCAGGUUCUCCAAGGACAUAAAACUUUCCUGAAUGAUGCUUAUAACUGGGAGUUUUUGAUCUGGGAAACAGCUUUACUACUUUUCUUAUUGCGUCUGGCCUCAUUGGGGUCUGAAACCAAUAAGAAAUACAGCAAUGUUUCGAUAUUACUUACAGAACAGAUUAAUUUAUAUCUUAAGAUGGAAAAAAAGCCAAAUAAGAAAGAACAGCUUACUCUAGUAAACAAUGUAUUAAAGCUGUCCACCAAGUUGUUGAAAGAGCUGGACACCCCAUUUAGACUCUAUGGACUGACAAUGAAUCCCUUAAUCUACAAUAUCACAAGAGUAGUUAUCCUUUCUGCUGUCUCAGGUGUUAUAAGUGAUCUUCUAGGAUUUAAUAUAAGACUGUGGAAAAUUAAAUCAUAAGCUGAGUUAAAUGCCUGGACUCUCCCCUGGCUGGUAUCAAAACUUACCUAUCAAGGAAAGAGAUGACUGCAGAAACCAGUGAGAUACCCAACUGCUUGUUCACAUGCACAGGUGCUCUCAGCUCUGCCAAAGCGAAUGAAUGGUGUUUCCAGAGGAACAAGUCCUUUUCCAACUGGGUGUGCAUGCUAAAAACCUGUAUUUUCAUGCUUUUCAAACAACAUGAAUAGUCAGCCGACUAAAGACUGUGUGUGUUGUGGUAACACAAGGACAAUUUUGUAAGUUUGCGCUUCAAUACUGUGACAGUUAUGUUUACUGGACAUAGUCUUUUGGGCAACUAUGGUAGAUGCCCAAAGCAUGAAGCAAAUAUCUUUUAUUGGAAAUAUGCAAAUUCAAUACUUUUCCAUUAUAGUCCAUAGAACUGGAGAUUUCUUUCUCUGUCAAAGAGAGAUCAAGCAAACUAUUUUAGGUUAAAUCCGAAUAAAAGAACUUUACUGGAGACU